UUUUGUUUUGUGUCUCCCCCUAACAUACCGUAUACAUGCAAUGCCAUGGAGGUCAAGGGGCUACAGUCCGGCGUCCUCUCCCAAUGCUUCCCAGCCCUCCUCCAUCGCCAUGAGUCCUACAUUGCCGAGGCAGAAGAGGACCGUCGCCGGUUGCUCGACAGCAUCGACGCCCUCGAGCGCGAGCGUCGACAAGUCCAAUCUGAGAAUUCGCGCAUUAUCAAUGAGAACAGGAGUUUAGUCGAGCAGCUCGAUGCGUUGAAUAAUACCGUCGCUGAUGCCGACGCGCAUGUUAACUCGUUGACCAUUGCGUUGGAGAAUACCGAGGCUGAGCUGCGCACCGUUAGCGCCAGUGCUGCACGGGCGGCAGAGCUCGAGGUGCAGCUUGAUCGCAUGGAAGUGGAGCAGUCAAAGUUGCAGGAUAGUUUGAUGACUGCGCGGGAGGAUGAGAAGUCUGCUUCGCAGCGGUGGAAGAAGGCUGAUUCGACAAUGCGCGAGCUGCAUGAGCAGGUCGAGCGGCUGGAGAAGGAGGCUCGUGAGGAGCGGGAGAGCCAUGCGGAUCUUGUCCAACGUAUGGAGCGGCAAAGGACUGUUGAGCGCGAGCUGGAUGGUGCGGCCGAACGGUUGAAGGGUGCUGCUACAGUGCACCAGCAUGUUGGCCGCCAGCCUCAUCAGACCAGUGUCGUUUCGCGCUUUGUCAGGGAUAUCUUGCAGGAUAAUGCGAAUCUGCAGAUUGGUAUCAUGGAGCUGCGGGACAUGCUCGAGAGUUCGAACCAGGAGGUUCAGAACUUGCGCGACCAGGUUCUGUCGCAUCACCCGCUGAACCAUGACGAUGGAGAUGGAGAGGACCGCAGACCGUCGUCUGAAUCCCAGCCGGCAGUAGGCAAGAGACUGAGCCAAGAGUUGGACGGUCCUCGUGUAUCCCCAGAAUACCACAUCCACCACCACUACCACCCGCCGUCGUCGAUACCAAAGAAGGAGAAGCCGAAGCUGAGCCGUCGGCUGACCAAGAAGCGACGCUCGCUGGGUAAUCCGGCCCUCAUGCAUUCGGCCCGUCAACCAUCCGUUUCCUCCACGUCGACAAUCCUCUCUCAGACCUCUGUUUCUAUUCCUCCAUCGUCUCAUCGGUGGUCCUCGCAUUCGUCUGCUACAGAGUCGCUGGCAAGCUCCCCGCAUUCAGGAUGCCACAACCGACCAACAUCCAUCUUUGACCGGAUGGAGCGAGGGUUCGAUUCAUCCCAACCAACAAGUCCAGAAUUAUCUCCUAUGUUCAAGGGGGUGGUUCGACAGGGCAAGAGUCUCGAUUCGCCGUUCAGGGAGGACUCAUUUGGCCGUGCCAUCGAGGAUGAACUUGCAAACUUGGACGCCCUCAAUGACCACUGCACGACUGUUCCCGCAAUCCCAGAGGAGGGUGAAGACUACUUGCAAGAGAACAACCAGCGACCCGUGACGCCCGACAUGUACCUUCGCCGCCGACGCGGUUCUCACGAUAGUCUGCUGUCUGUGGCUGGUAUGGACAUCCAUACGCCUAGUCGUCGACGCUCCCGCACGGGCGGACCGGGACCAAUACCUAUUGCCGGGAUCCAUCGUCGCAACUUCUCGUCCGGCGAAGUGUACUCGACACCGCCGGUGAUUGCGACGACGACCGUCACGGCUGAUCGAGAGGCUCCUUCUAAGAACCCCCACUCCCCACGCAGCUUGCUGGCAUCUGUCUGUCGAAGCCAGGGUCAGAGCCAGACUCAGACACCGGAAACAGAAAACGCACCAGCAGCGCGCACCUCACCAUCGCGCAAACCAUCCAUCACCCGACGAGUCGGCGGCUGGGUUCGAGGACGCUGGGGAACAGCGCCUGUGGCUGCCCCUCAACCAGCCGUGCCUGCAUCCCAAACACAGCCGCCAUCCUCAUCGCCAGCCGUGAAUGCGCUCACCAGGAACCAGAACAAGACCAAAGUGGAGGGUGUACCUGCACCUGCUGCUGCGUUCCGGUUCCGGCAUCCCGGCGUGAACCAAAAGGGCCCGAUUAUGGGGUUCCGGCCGUCCUCUCAUCCACCUAUAUCUGUGCAUGCGGAGGUGGUGGAUGAGGGGGCAUUGAGGGAGAGUUUGGCUGAGUAGCUUUCUUUUCUUGUUUUUAUCUUUUGACUGUACUUUGACUGCAUUUUGUACUCUGACCGGGCGACUGAUGAUUUUCUUUUGUUGAUAUGUAUACGACUGUACCGAUACCAUCUAUAUAGACACAUAUUUGUAUCCUGUUUAAUAGUUAUAUAGCUAAC